GCUUUGCACUGAGUUAUAUCUAGGUAGCUAUAUAAAAGUGAGCCAGCGGAGCGACCGGCAGUUCCUCCACAGAAUCUGUCCGAGUCCGACGUAUCAACCUUCACCAUGCAGCGACUAACCUUGUUUUUACUCUCGGCGGUGUUGGCUGUCGCUCUGGCAGAAGGCCAGUUCUACGUGCCCCGCGCGUACUACACGAUCGACUCUACAGGGCACGCGUCGGUGCCUGUGCCCCUGCAGCGCCUGCGUCGGUCCUUCAACCCCUACCCCGGCCCUGGAUCUGAUGCUAAUGCCAACGCUAACGCCAACUCAUGGGGAGGUGGCACUGCUAACGCAAACGCGAACGCUUAUGCCGGCGGUCGCUUCCCCGGUGGUGCCGGCGGUCACUUCCCCGGUGGUGCCGGCGGCAGCUGGGGCGUCCCCGGAGCGUACGGAGCUGCGAAGCCCAUGGGCCCCGGGAUGACCCGACGUAUGUUCGGUGCAGUGAACGGCGCCAACUCGGUCUCUGCCAGCUCCUCGGUGGAUGUCGACGGGGAAGGCAACGGUUCUUACGACGUGUCUUCUUCAGUUGGCUACUAAACAGAAUUCACCAUGAACAGCGAAUGAUGGUCGAGCUUUUAUCGUCUGUCUUUGAGGCCGUCACGUUGUAUAAUAUAACAAACAAGUAUGCGCGAGGGUGACGCAUGAAUAGACGAACAGCCGAAAAAGCGCAACCAUCACAUCUGGACUGUAACUACUCUACUGACUGCAGUUUCAAUUCCUAAUCAGCCCUAUAAUGUGGAUGUUUAGAUAUAAAUAUAUAUAUAUAUAUUUAGGUAUAACGAUAACGACAAAUGACUUCAGAAUUGUUUCUCCGUCUUAUAUGAUCAAGUACGCCAUAGUAAAUCUAUGGCGAACUUGAUCUUAGAAAACGGGCAGGUUAUACUAAUAUUAAAUUUCUAAGUAGGUAUUCUUGUGAGUUCGCGUAAGCUUUACUUAGGUACUUUAAAAAUAGGGGUAACUUUGCUAAACUUACCCACCUAUUUAUUAAAUUUUAAAAUCUUUUUUUUGUGAUAAUUAUUAUUGAAAAAGUUUUAAUAAAAUGGACUAUAUCUGUUAUGUGUAGAAAGCGCACACGCUUCACACACCUUACUUAAUUUAGUCGUCCUAACUGGAAGCCUAAAAAGGAUCCUAAAAAAAUUGUUUCUUGUUAGUGCAGUCAGGUUCUUACUAAAUGCAUCUUUACGAUUUUAUUUAGGAUUCUGAGUAAGAUGUGUGAAGCGUUUUAACUAAAGUUAGUAGGUACCUGCUACCUUUACGUUCCUAUUGCGAAUAUACUUUUUGGUUCCUAAUCAGAAGGAAACCCGGACUUUAAUGUGUGAAUUUAUGUAUCAAUAAAUACAUUAAUGUCAUUGUCAAUGUGAUUUUGUAAGAACCUACGAAAAAUCCACAUUAAACAAUUGAAUUAGGUAAACCUUCGUUAGUCUCAAAUUAAUUUGCGUGUACAAGCAGCACCAAGCAGAUACAAACGCAAUGAUGCGUGUUAAUUAAAACUAAUUGCAACAUUACGAGUAUGUGUGAUAAAGUGUUUCAAAAUUUACAAUAGUGUAGGUUUGGAUUACUGUUGUAGCUUUUAGUAAUAGCUUAUUUUAAGGUAAUUUCACUAGAUAUAUUUUAAUAUAUGUAUAGGUGUAUCGUUCAGGAUGGAUCACAAAUAAAUAUAUGCAUUUUAUAUCUCA